GCAUUGUGCAAUAUCCAACGUGAAAAGGUGCAUGAUGCAUGUCAAUGGUGCAUUUUAGCGUUAGCGGUUGUCUGUCUAAAAGUUUGAGGUUGAAGUCUAAUUGCGUUGUAGGUAACCCACAUUUAUCAACUUUAGUUUAUGAACUAUAGAAACCAGUACUUAAUUUAUGCAAAUACCUUGAAAUCUUAUUAAUUAUUGUUUUAAAUAGUAGUUAUAGAAGAAUAAGGAUUUAUUCUUGUUAGUAACUUUACAUGACAUGACGCUUAUCAACUUGAGUGCUACCUGUUGUAGUUGAAUAGGAUAAAGUUCAAGUUGAAUGUGACGAGUAGCCAGGGAUCAUAUGAAACAUCUACUGAUGGAAGCUGAAGCAGGAAACGUAAAGAACAAGCUGCACACAUUUGAACCACAAUCAAAUGCUGCUAGAGAAAGUGAUGCUUUCUCAGAUGAUGAUUGCCUAUCAAUCAUGUGCUCGUCAUCAACCUAUUCUAUUGAUCUGGACAUGGAUAAUAUGGUAACUGCCCCAACAACUCCAAAAGAAACAACUUCUAGCUCACCAGACAUUCAGCUUGAGAUUAAUGCAGAAAGUCAAUUGGAUGAGCCAGCUCCUCCCUAUCACGUAUUCCAUGUUGGAUUGGAGCUCACCAAAAAAUUGAAUAAUUACAAAAUACCUAAGAAGGUAGAUUUGAAGAGUACAAUCAUUAUCACAUCUGAUAAUGAGAAUAAGAAAGACUUCCGAUGUCAACCAUUGCGAAAGAUACGCUCAUCUACCCCAAUCUCUGAAGACUCGAAUAUCACACCAGGAAUUGGUCAAAUAUUCAGAAAAAGAUCCAUAAUUAACAACACAUCAAAGACUAAGCUGGUGGGUAGAAAGAAAAUUAGAAUUGAUGAACAGAUUCCAUCGAAUCAUGAAAGGAAUGCAAAUGAAUUGAUUUCCUCAAAUCAGGAAGCAGUUAGCAAUCAACCAAUCCCACAAUCCAAGGCAUUCUAUGGAGAGAAAUAUACAAAAAUGAUGAAUUCCGAAUUCGAAGAACUAUAUUCAUCAUCACCUUCAUUUGAUCGACUUGUACAUGAAGUGAACAGAAGGCGACCUUCUAUUCGCAGUAAUAAUAAUGCUGAUUUGAGAAUGUCUACCGAACAAUCAUCAUGUGCUCCAACUUUUGCACCUGCCAUUCAUUCAAAUAAGUUUGCAAAUCGUCAGUUUCGAGUCGGGCGUAAUUGGGGCAAUCGUACCAUUCUUCCCAAUGAUCUUUCGAAUACGCAUGAGCAAUUGGAAUGCAAAGAGCAAAAUAUCCACCAGAUGGUCACUAACUCAACUAAUUUGAUUUGUGAAAAGGCGGAAGAAUUGGCGAACUCACCCAUGGAUAAUCUCCCAUUCCUAAUCAAUCAGAUUUUUGGAGGGGAAAUGCAAUUAUCCUUCCGAAACCGCAGCAUCAAGAUUAAACAAAUUAUAAAUGUAAUGAACGUUUCCUUGAAGAUUGAUUUGUGCCAUGCAAUAGCUCUCGUAUUGCGCACAUUAAUAGAUCUAUUCAAAAGCUAUAAGAUGAUUCACGAGAUUCUGACGGUUACUGUGAAGCACAAUAAUGUGGAAAAUAUUUUGGAAGCUGUGCGCCCGCUAUUCGAUUUUCCUGAUUUCCGCUGGCCGCGUUGGCUGCAGCUGCGUAUCGUCAACCAGCUCACUCACAACAGGAUCACACUGGCACAUCGCGACUACGUCCUCCUCUUCCAAGCCCUUCCUGCCAGCCUAUUCAUGCAGCUGCAAACAAGUCAACAUGACUCGAUUGUGUCACUUGGCGAUGCUACCUGCAUUAGACCUCUUAUGCAGUCGCCAGUCGAAAUGCCAUGCCGUCCAUGUCACACGUCCAUCCAAAAUGACUAUUUCCCUCCUAUUCCAACAACACCAAUCAAUAACAACAGCAAAUCCUCCAACAGUGAUAAAUACAUUACCAACAAUAACAACACGAUCAUCACCACCACCACUAACAACAACAACAACAACAACAACAAAAAUAGAGACUUGAUCAAUAAUAACACAACCAAUGAAAAAAAUAACAACUCAUCCAAUGAAAAUAACAACAUGAUCAUUGAAAUAAGCGACACGACCGAUGAAAAUAACAAAAACACGUCCAAUGAAAAAAACAACACGAUCAAUGAAAGUAACAAAAACACGACCAAUGAAAAAUAUAACAACUCAUCCAAUGGGAUUGGCAGCAACUCAUCCAAUGAAAAUAACAACUCAUCCAAUGAAAAUAAAAACAAGAUCAUUGGAAAUAACAACACGAUCAUUGUAUUGAGCGACACGACAGAUCAAAAUAACAAAAGCACAACCAAUGAAAAAAACAACACGACCAUCGAUAGUCUUGAAUCAAUCGCAGAGUUGGUACUCUCAUCCAAGGUGCACAGUGCUAUUCUGAUUUUAGAGAAUUUUGAUGCCGAAAAACUGUACAAAGUAGCUCACGAUCUAUUCACUCAACGUUCUGCAGAUUACGCAGAAAUUGUUCGUGCGCUCAUGAGCUACUAUAAAGGGAGAAGAUUCACGCGUAUUCUGAACAAUAAGCUGCAAACUUUCAUGACGAAUGUGAGUUUCAACCUGUUGGUGAAGAUAAUGCGAAAUGAGUCCAUGGAAAAAGCUUUGAGUUUAUUCCAUGAGAUUGAAGAGUCUGGAUUGGCGUACUUGCAGGCCCAGCUGUAUCCUGAAAAUGUUAAAGAUGAAUUUUCGCCAAGUCCUUUCAAAAACGCUUUGAUUGUGAUCGACAUAUUUCUGAAUGCUGCUAACUUUGAACGAGCUGUCGAAAUAUUCAUAGAUAAUGGUUUUGUAGGAGACACAAAUGAAUGGAAACUAAAGGGAACAUCAGAAUCUGACACUGAAUUGCGAGAUGGUUACAUUCAUGAUAUUUUCAACUUGCUUUUUCAAGACGAUCGACCCCAAACUACUUUGCUUGCUUAUAAGCUAUUCACUGAGCUGCAAAAACGAAAGUCCCCGUUCACGUCAAAUACAGGACGAUUAAUUCGCCUGCUGAAAAAGCUGCUGAGUGGGACGGCGUUUAAUAAAUUGGCUUACGACACGUUCGUGAAGUUCUACGCAACGGCUGAUGAAGUUAGCAAAUAUAGCCUAGCGAUCAGUGAGCCCUCCAUUUGUCGUGCUAUGCUCGUCAUAUCAGACUCCUUAGAUACAAAUGCUCGUGAUAGUCUGCUUCAAGAAUUCAUUGACAUGAAUGUAUACCCCAAGUGGCUGCUUGAAAACCAUUCUAUUGAGGUGCACUCAAACUGGGUGAGGCUUGAGAUGGAAAUCCUUUUGAAUGAAUUCAUGGAGCGACUUGCUAAUAGCCUGAAGUACCCUUUGUUUUCAUGCAGAAUUAGGCGUGAACUUGUGGUCACAAUAAAGGAAUGCGCUAUGGAAGAAUCGAUAGUUGCACUGAAAGCUAAUAGUUCGUAUGAUGCUGCUUUUGUAUUGCUGCAAGAUGUAUUAUUUCAUAUGUGUCCAUCAGUGAGAACUGUUGGCCGUAAGGGGACAUUGGUAGCAAUACAUGAGGACUGGAAGAAGCACAUGGACGCUCGUCUAGCUCUUUUAGAAGGCCAAAAUCAUGAAGAUAAAUCAGAGAAAUAGAUUCAUUCACUACUAUUUUGUUGUGUAACUGAGGAUCUACGAGGUCCAAGACCUCACAAUGAGGCCAUUGAUAUCAUGGUAUUUUUGGUAUCACAGAUUGCUUAGUGCCUUAGAGGUAUUUUAAAACAUUAGUUAUAUAGUUAGAAGUAAAGAAAAACAUAUAGAUAAUGAAAAACAGUAUUUUUGUCAAUUUGUGCAGUAUUUCAACGCAUCGUUUUAUUUGUUGAGUACAUUUACUCCAGAAUAAUUAUUUACUCUGGAAUAAUUAUUAUGGGUAUUUUAAAGAGCUUUUUUAGUAUUUCGAUUCCUUUGGAUUCUCACGAAGUAGGUAGUAAAUCUUACGUUAAGAUUAAAGAUUUUAUUGUUUGUUUUACCAAUGUUCAAAUUAGUUUAUUCUUUUGAUGUGUAUUUAUCCAUGUGUUUUAUUAGGUACCAUCCUUACUGGACAUUUUUUGCCAGGAUAUGUAAUAUUGAAUGGUAACAUUCAAUAAACCUGGGUAAGUCAUUCUUUAUAUAUUUUUGAUUAUACUCUGUUUUAGAAGUAUUUUGAAGUAAUUAUGAAUCAGUCAUAAGUAGAUUAUUUUAUAAUUUACUACUAGCUCACACCAAGUACGUUAUCGCAAGAUGUGAGUAAUUAUUGGGAAGACUGAAAAUAGACUUUCCAGAGAUUAAGACUUUAUCUAAUACUACCAAAGCUGAAAAAAUAUUUUAGACGAUAUAUCUAAUUGAUGA